AUGAUAAAAUAUGUUAGAUUAAAUUUCCAUUUUAAAAUUUUAUAAAAUUUAGAGUUCUAUGAUUUAUUAAAUGAUAGUCUUUUCUAAUUAACUUUUUAACAUUUUAGUAUGAUUCAUUUUGUUAGUUUCAAAUGUGGAAGACUUAUAAAGAAUUUUAGAUAUCUUCCAACAAAAAAAGAUAUUUAAUUUGAUCAUUGUAUUUAAUUAAUUGAGAUAUUUUAAUUUCAAUAUUUGUGUUUUGUAUAUAAAAAUAAUUCAAGAUUAAAGAAGACAUCUACUUCUACAAUCAACAUCUUAAUGAGACAUAAAAACUAAUUUUAAUUAAAGAAUGUAAAAACUUAAAGUAUUUACUCAACUGAAUCAACAAUUCAAACUCCUUCUAGAUAAUUGUCACCUAAAUCACCAUAGAUUUGGACUUCAUCUGCACUAUCAAACUCAAGUAUUAUUCAUUAAAAUAUUUAAUAGAUUUACCUAAUUAAUCUGAUGCACAAUAUUAAGCAAAAAUUAAAGAACUUUUAGAAGAAAAUUAAAAGUUGAUUCAUAAAAGCUCUGUGCAAGAUUUAAUCAUUAAUAGAUUAUAAUAAAUAGAAGAAUUGGAACCAAUACGAUCAAGCAGAGUAAAUACUUUAAAUAAUGUUCGAAAUAACGAUAAGAAAUAAAUCAUUAAAAUUUAAAAACCUAUUUACACAAGAGAGGGAGAGAGCAAAGAUAAUAAAAUGUUAUUUACUUUCUUUAGUCCAGAACCAAAUCAAAAAACAAGUGUAUGUAAACUUCCAAAAGUGUUUUAAGUUGCCCCUAACAAAAGAAAAUAUUUUGUAUGA